CUGCCGACAACCGACAUGGAUUAGUCGCCAUCUUUGCUUCAACCUUUCAGUCGCCUCCACGGAUUUGCGGGCGUUUCAUCGCCUAUUUUCAAUGUUUUGCUCAAUUAUAUCAUUAAUGUUUGUGUCGAAAACUACGUAAAAAGUUUGAAGUGUCUUGCGUAAUACUUGAAUGCAAAAAUGAGUUUUUUCGGGUUCGGUCAAACUGCUGAUAUCGAAAUCGUGUUCGAUGAUGCUGACAAGCGUAAAGUUGCCGAAGUGAAAACGGAUGAUGGUAAAAAGGAGAAGUUAUUGCUUUAUUACGACGGCGAAACCGUAUCCGGGCGGGUUAAUGUCACUUUACGGAAGCCCGGUUCGAAAUUGGAGCAUCAAGGAAUUAAAGUAGAGCUCAUAGGUCAAAUUGAGUUAUUCUAUGACAGAGGGAACCAUCAUGAGUUUAUAUCAUUGGUGAAAGAGCUAGCGAGGCCGGGAGAUUUGCUUCAGCACACGUCGUAUCCAUUUGAGUUUGCCAAUGUCGAAAAACCUUACGAAGUGUACACAGGUGCUAAUGUCAGAUUAAGGUAUUUUCUUCGAGCUACCAUUGUUCGGCGACUCACAGACGUCGUAAAGGAAGUUGAUAUUGCAGUUCACACUCUGUGCAGCUACCCUGAUGUGUUGAACUCUAUUAAAAUGGAGGUAGGCAUUGAGGAUUGUCUCCAUAUAGAGUUUGAGUACAACAAAUCUAAAUAUCACUUGAAGGAUGUCAUUGUAGGGAAAAUUUACUUUUUAUUGGUUCGCAUCAAAAUCAAACACAUGGAAAUAUCUAUAAUAAAAAGAGAAACAACAGGAACAGGGCCGAAUACUUUUACAGAAAAUGAGACGGUAGCAAAAUACGAAAUAAUGGAUGGUGCUCCAGUAAGGGGUGAGAGUAUUCCAAUAAGAGUGUUUCUAGCAGGGUAUGAUUUAACACCUACAAUGAGAGAUAUAAAUAAUAAAUUCUCAGUACGAUACUAUCUUAACCUUGUUCUGAUGGACACAGAAGACCGUCGAUACUUUAAACAGCAAGAAGUUACACUUUGGAGGAAGAGUGAUAAAUCUAGAUUACCAUUGCACAAUCCUCAUCAUCCACAGACAUUGUCUCAUCCCCCAAGCAUGCCUACACAAAGACAACACAAUGUUUCAAGUGAAGAAAAUACUACAAGGGGACUAUUACCUUCUAUACCUGAAAAUACUAUGCAACGGUCUGUCUCUCCUAUGUCUGAUGUCAAACAGAAUGGACCCACUGAAAUGGAACAGGAAAGGCCAGAUGUAAUAACAAAACAGUUAUCAAACACACAUAUCCAAGCCAAUGAAGUAAAUAACCCAAUGUCUGAUAAUGAACCCUCUGAAACACCCUCUGAACAAGUAGCUGAUAAACAAGAGAUAUCUGAAAAACCAUUGGCAGUUAAACCACAGGUUGCAGAAAGGCCACAGAUUGCAGAAAAACCACAGGUAACAGAUAAACCUCAAGUUGCAGAGAAACCACAGGUUGCAGAAAAACCACAGAUUACUGAAAAACCACAGAUUGCAGAGAAACCACAAUUGGAAAAGCCAGUAAGCCAGCCUGUACUUGUUGAAGCUGAUCCAAGUCAAUAACCUUUGCGUAAUCGCAGAUUUGCUGUUCUUGAAAUGCGAACUGCAUGUUUUCUACUUUGAAAACAAUUGUUUAAAGUUGAGAACAACUUUUUAGAUCAUUGAGAGUAUAUCAAAUAGAUGGACAUAUUAUUAUUGCGCUUUUUACAGCUUUAUUUAUAUAUGUGAUAUGCUGUCAACUUGUCUCCCGAUUAUCUAUGGUCAUAUAGGAGUAUCAUGUUAUGUAUAAAUUAAUGUAAUUAAAAAUAUUGUACACAUAGACUA